CAAGAAAUCCCCAGCGAGUCCGCGGAGCCGCGGGGCGGAGCGCAGAGCGCGCGGCGGAUUCCGAGGAGCAGCGCUUCGGGGCUUUUAAAGGGAUCUGGCACCCGCCCGGACCGCGGCAGGACCAGGUAUGUUUUCCCGUUUCCAGGGACAGCCCUGCUGAUGUCACGGAGGAGGAGGGCAGCGAACGAGGACAGGUGCGCAGCAUAAAGUUACGUCUUCGCUCGACUUGGACAAAGAACCGAGGAGUAACCGUGAACAGCUGAUUCAUUGAGUUUUGGAACUUUUUUCAACCAGUCUUUUCGGUGUUUUCGUUUCCGCCUUGCACAGUGUUACCGAUUCACCUGGCGGUUUUUUUUUUUGCCCCCUCCACGCCAAGUGGAACGUACGUUCACUCCACGCCAGGGGAACGCACGCGCUCCGCCGUUUCAUCACGCGCGGCUCCAUCGCAGCUCGCGCCGCCGCGGAUCGGGGUGUGGGAUCGAGGCGCCUCAGCAUCAGAAUCAGCGCUUUCCUCUUCAAUGCGACACUGACGCAGGCCGGUCUCGCAUCCGCGUCGCAGACAGGUGAUGCUCGGCUGAUUCUACGGAAGCGCUGGGUGUCGGAUGACGGAGUUUGACGGGAGAAGCGCUUUGCUCCCGGGAUGUAAUACGACCUAACGAGGAGCCCCAACUUCCAGAAUCUGCCAUGAUUGUUCCGUGCGUCACUGCGUCUUAGGGUCACAGCGGGUCGCGCGCUGAAGGACAAUCGCAGUCGGACUUGCUCUCGGGUUCAGCAUCAACAAUGUCCAAGACGCUGAAGAAGAAGAAACACUGGUCCACGAAAGUGCAAGAGUCCACCGUGUCGUGGGCCGGAUCCGGGGACUUCGUGGCGGCGGUGGAGGUGCGAGGCGGCGCGGAGCUGGGGGAGUUCCCGCACCUCGGACACAUGGUUCCGGAGGCGGCGGUGUGCAGCGACGGGAGGCUGCCCGUCAGCGGGGACGUGCUGCUGGAGGUGAACGGCACUUCGGUGAGCGGACUCACCAACCGAGACACGCUGGCCGUCAUCCGCUACUUCGGGCAGCCCGUCCGCCUCAAGACCGUCAAACCAGGGAAGGUGUUGAAUACUGAUUUGCGGCACUACCUCAGCCUGCAGUUCCAGAAGGGCUCCUAUGACCACAAGCUGCAGCAGAGGAUCAGGGACAACCUGUACCUGCGGACCAUUCCCUGUACCACUCGACAGCCCAGAGAGGGGGAGGUUCCUGGAGUGGACUACAAUUUCGUCAGCGUGGAGGAAUUCCAGGAGCUGGACGAGAGUGGACUUCUGCUGGAGAGUGGCACCUAUGAUGGAAACUACUACGGGACCCCUAAGCCCUCUGCGGAGCCCAGCCCCGUGCAGCCCGACCUGGUGGACCAGGUUCUGUUCGACGAGGAGUUCGACACGGAGGUCCAGCGUAAACGAACCACCUCCGUCAGUAAGAUGGACAGAAAGGACAGUGCAGCACCGGAGGAAGAGGAGGAGGAAGAGAGGCCCCCUAUGGUCAAUGGCUUGGCUGAGCAUAAAGACAAGGCGGAGUGGAGGAAGACGGUGCCCAGCUACAGCCAGUCGGCCGGGGCCAUGGACCUGCAUGUGUGGAGCGCGCAGGACGAGAGCCAGGAGCCCCUGCCUAAGAACUGGGAGAUGGCCUACACGGAGACGGGCAUGGUCUAUUUCAUAGAUCACAACAGCAAAACCACCACUUGGCUGGACCCGCGCCUCGCCAAGAAGGCCAAGCCUCCUGAGAAAUGCGACGAAGGAGAGCUGCCCUAUGGCUGGGAGAAGAUUGAAGACCCCCAGUAUGGCACUUACUACGUCGACCACAUCAACCAGAAGACCCAGUUCGAGAACCCGGUGAUGGAGGCGAAGAGAAAGCUGAGCGUCGACACGCCCACGGCAGCGCCGCAACCCGCCGCCACGCCCUCAGUCAUUCCUGCGACAGAAGAACCUGCUGUGGGGCCGCGGGGCUUCACACGAGACCCAGCUCAGCUGCAGGGCUCCAUCCUGCAGACAGCACUUCGAAAAAGUCCCCAGGGCUUCGGCUUCACCAUAAUCGGGGGAGACCGACCCGACGAGUUCCUUCAGGUGAAGAACGUCCUUCCAGACGGACCCGCCGCGCACGACAACAAGAUCGCCCCAGGUGAUGUGAUUGUGGACAUCAACGGGUCGUGUGUGCUGGGGAAGACUCAUGCCGACGUGGUGCAGAUGUUCCAGUGCAUCCCAGUCAACCAGUACGUAGACAUGGUCCUGUGCCGGGGCUACCCGCUGCCUGAGGACUCCAGCAGCAACGAGGACCCCUCCAAGGACGCCUCCCCCACCCCCUCGGCCUCCACGCCACAGGACCCUCACUACACGGUCCCGGAUGGAGGGGCCCUCUCCCGGCAGGCUGCUGCGGUACCGCCUAUGACCAAUGGAGGGCGCCACCAUCAUCAUUCCCAUCCCCACCACCACCAGCAGCACCCUGCUCCUCAGGCUCACGCCCACGAAGGCCCCGACCCCACUUUGCUGCAGCCGGAGCUAGUGAGCGUGCCGCUGGUUAAGGGUCCGGGGGGCUUCGGCUUCGCCAUCGCAGAUUGCCCCCUGGGCCAAAAGGUCAAGAUGAUCCUGGACGCCCAGUGGUGCCGCGGCCUGCUGAAGGGCGACGUCAUCAAGGAGAUCAACAGGCAGAACGUGCAGACGAUGAGCCACUCCCAGGUGGUGGACAUCCUCAAAGACCUGCCUGUGGGCAGUGAGGUCAGCGUGCUGGUGCUCAGAGGAGGUCAGACGUCUCCUGUGAAAUCAUUAAAACCGUGCACAGCUCCUAUGGCCCAGCCCGGGCCUCAGCAGGCUCCUCAUCCCACACACCAGCAGCCGCCCCAGCCGCUGACGCAGCAGCAGGAGGUCGUCAACAACGCGGAGGGCCUCGCUCAGCAGGACAUCCCCCCCAACCCCCUCCACUUCCCUGCGGGCACCCUGCACUCGUCCUCGCCCAAACCCGACCCGUCUGAGCUCUACCUCAAGUCCAGGGCCCUGUUGAACAGCAAGCCUCCCAAUACCAAGGACCUGGAUGUGUUCAUCAGACGGAACCAGGAGUCGGGCUUUGGCUUCAGGGUCCUGGGAGGCGAGGGCCCAGAUCAGCCGGUGUACAUCGGCGCCAUCGUGCCCCUCGGCGCGGCGGAGAAGGACGGGCGGCUGCGGGCGGGGGACGAGCUGCUGUGCAUAGACGGCGUGCCGGUCAAGGGGAAAUCCCACAAACAAGUGCUGGAGCUGAUGACCAACGCCGCCCGCAACGGCCAAGUGAUGCUCACGGUCCGCAGGAAGCUCACACACGCAGAUGGUGGAGGGGAGGAGGGCGGUCAGCAGCCCCAGCAGGUCGCCUCGGCUCUGAUCAACAGCUCCCCCAAGGCGCCUCGCGCCGACGGGCCCAACGCGCCCGGCGCCGUGCAGCCCUCGCGGCCGGAGUGCUUCGACGUCACCCUGAACCGCAAAGACAACGAGGGCUUUGGGUUCGUCAUCCUGACCUCGAAGAACAAGCCCCCACCUGGAGUUAUUCCUCACAAGAUCGGCCGCAUCAUCGAGGGCAGCCCCACGGACCGCAUGGGUCAGAUGAAGGUCGGGGACCGGAUCUCGGCCGUCAACGGCCUGUCCAUCAUGGAGCUGUCGCACAACGACAUCGUGCAGCUCAUCAAGGACGCCGGCAACGCCGUCACCCUCACGGUGGUGCCCGAGGACGACAGCACGCCUCCGUCCGGAGCGAAUUCAGCCAAGCAGAGUCCUUCGGUGCAGCACCGGGCCGUGGGCCAGCAGCCGCCCGGCUACGCCGACAGGAGCAGUGACAGUGAGGCGAGGACCUCUUUUCCACAAGGAGACGUGGGAACACUCAUCACUUCAGGCCCAAAGCAGGGCUGCUUCGUGGUGGAGCUGGAGCGCAGCCAGCGGGGCUUCGGCUUCAGUCUGAGGGGAGGGAAGGAGUAUAACAUGGGCUUGUUCAUCCUGCGCCUGGCGGAGGACGGACCCGCCCUGAGAGACGGCAGGAUACAUGUUGGAGAUCAGAUCGUGGAAAUCAACGGCGAGGCCACCCAGGGCAUCACGCACACGCGGGCCAUCGAGCUGAUCCAGGCCGGCGGCAACAGAGUGCACCUGCUGCUGCGGCCCGGCCAGGGCCUGGUCCCGGACCACAGUUCAAAAGACAAAGUAACCCUUCCAACCUCGAGCUUUCCCAGAUUCUCUGCAUCCGACGUGCACUCAUCUCCAGCCUCCCCGUCCUCUGUCUCCCUCUCUACCUCGGAGCUGUCACCGUCUUCACCCAAUGUGUCCGCCUAUGAUGAGAUCUGUGGAGGGGAUCCCAGGGCACCCGGGUCCUCUGGCGCUGGGCAGGCGAACAAGUCGAGAGGCCAGCAGCUGUCCCAUCAAAACCAGAGGAGCGCCACCAGUCCCAGUGCUCUGACUGGAAAAGCAAGCUGGAGCGACCCCAAGGCUGCUAGUCCUAAAAAAGCCACCGAAGACUGGGCCGAACGUGGGGAGCGCUCCCAGAGCCCUAGACAACAAAUAGAUCGAAGCCACAGCGCAUCUUUGGAAGAUAUGAAAAGGGAGAGGAAAGCCCAAGGGCAGAGAGAUCGCCGGGCCAGGGAAAAUGACCCUGGCCCGGAAGAACCCCAGAGCCCCAGGCAUCCAGCUGGCCAGCAGCCUAGCACGGCCUCCAGGGACGGGAAGAACCGGAGGCUCAGGGACGAGGAUGCAGCUUACUGGCAGGAGGCGGAGGCUGCGGAGGGUGCAGACAAACCCUGGGUGAGCAGCGACGGCCACAGGAAGGGCAGAAGGGCGGAACAAGAAGCAGCGGCGGCACAAAAGCCCUAUUCCGGGGCCGGUUCUGAUAGCGACAGCGGCACCCUGGGCCAGAGGGGCGGGCGGCAGAGGGGGGACAGAGAGUAUCAGGAGAGCAAACACCACGGGACAGCUGAGGAGGGGAAUAGAAAGGACCCCAGAGGUUCCAGCAUCCAGGACCCCAGCUGCAACGGGACCGGCGCCAGCAAAAAGGCCCCCAUCACCCCCGGCCCGUGGAAAGUCCCCAGCACGGCCAAGAUCCAGUCCCAAGUGGAGACGUCCUAUGCAGACGUGUGAGAUCUUCCUAAAACUUUCCACGCACGUUAAAAAAAAGCUGAGCCUCUACAAGUUUUACGUUUUUUUUUUUUUUGUUUUUGUUUUUUUCUCCGAUGUCAGAGAAAGCAGAUCACUGUGUAACUAGCGUCAUAGUUUCUCACUGCUUACGGUCACGUGUGUGCGUGUGUGUGUUUGGUUUUCGGUUCACCCAUGUUUGCCUCGGCAGUUUGCAUCAAGCUGCUCAUGACGUGACUCUACCUACAGGAGUAUUUGUACUUUGGCGGCGGAAGGGGGCGGAGCCUUGGGUUCCGUGGCGCUCGGACGCCGCGCUCCGGUUGCGAUGAAGCUGCUUCGCGUCGCACUCACUGUGAGAACGGUUCGUAGGUAAUUGGAUGAACUCAAAACAACCUCUUUACCCACAUCAAUGAAGGAUUCUUUAUUCGUCACGUUGAAGGUUGGGAGGUUUGAAUCGUAUCCAUGCAAUCACUCAAGCUUCUGCUGGUGACACUGAGUCAUCGCUGCUGUCACUGAUACCAAGAACUUUUUUUUAAAAAUCAGCCCAGAUGAGGGUGACAGAGUGUCUUCAAACAGUUGUGCGGUCUUUGUAGCCUGGCAGCUCGUGAGACACGCGUUCGCAUGUAUGCGAAGACUGUGAAAUACUCUGAUGCCAUAACCUCAUCAGAUGGUGGACAGAUUAUCCCGGAGCUUUAUAUGCAUCAAUCAGCAGACCAGAUACUUGUGGUUAUAGUUCAAUCGUUUGUUAUGUGUGAUAAUUAUAAAGCAUAAGGUAAUUUAUUGAAAUUAUAUGUAAACAAAUCUGUUAGUAGUCAUAUCCAUUCUGAGUCAUUUCACUUUUGAUGUGGACUUAAACCUAAUAAAUAGAAUGUGUAGAUAAGUGAAAUACUAAACAAUCUAUACAUUUUAUUUCUAUGAUUUUAUCAUGUGUAAACAGUGACACAAGCCUGAUGCAUAAUGUCUACUGUUAGCAGGUGUGUUCUACGUCCUCUGGCUACGUGUGUGUGUGUGUGUGUGUGUGUGUAUACAAGCUGACUGGUAGGCCUAUGUAUUUUAGAUGUUGCUGUACAUGUAGCAUUGACCCUACUUACUCGGGAAGCUAUGUUAUUUAGCACAACCUAAAACGCAUAUACUGUACUGACGCAUACUGUAUGUUAUUGAGCUGAUCAGAACAGAACUUGAUUGUAAGAAGUGAGACGAUAUUGUGAGAAGAUAUUUUUUAUCAUCAUACAAAAAAAUAUAGGCACAAAAGGCUACAAAUGUAUUUUUUAAUGAAUGCUUUAUUUAGUACAUCACCCUUAAUGCGAGAUAAUAAAAAAGUUGUAUUCAUAUUUUUGCUUAUUUGAUAAUAAUCAAGGGGGUCAUGACUCUCAAUCUAUACAAAUGUAAGCAGCUCAUUUCCUGCUGAAGGAAGUGACUUUAGUGCAUAGCUCUGGUCCUUUAGAAGGAUCAUAGGAAAUGACUAUAUUAAAGAAACAGUGAUCUUAGUCUCGUGAAAAAGAAAUUAUUUAUUGGGAUCACGUGUGUGCAAUGCUCAGAACACCAGACUUAGUUAUUUCAUGUGUUGUGGAGUAGAGCGCCAUCUAGUGCUUCAUACUCUGCUUUUCCGAAUCGUUUGUCCAUUUUGUUAUUGAAUGACGGCCUACUGUAUUCUUUAUUAUCCACAUCUUCAUCAUGUAUGAUACUGUGGCCUUGCAUUGCUUUAGCAUAUACAAGUCUUUUAGUUUUGACAUCAUGUUGUAGUUGUAAAUGUUUAUAAAUUGUAUAGCACCUGUAAAAAAAUAUUGCCUUCAUGCAGAAAAAAUCCUCUGUAAAUUGUUUCAUUAUUUUUUUAAGAGAACUGAGAGGAAAUAAUAUAAAGGGGGUCAAAAGAAUCUGUUCAUGGCAUUCUGUUCAUGCACUGAUGAAUAAAGGUUUACUGAAUAAAUACAA